UUAAAAGCAGCAUGUGUCAUCUCGACUUGGCUCUCCAAAUAUCACUCCUCUAGGAAAUAUACGCACCGCGAAGGGACUGCGGAGCGCAAGAAGUCGCGCUAUCUCCAAAAAAACUUCGAGGCGAAGACGCACCGAUUUACAGGCCUGCUCACUGUCUGAGUGGGGGAAUAUUUACAGAGGCUGAAGUUUCACGUUGGCUGAACCGGCUGGCUGUCGACUCAGUCGCGCUCAGACUGACAAGAGCGAGCAGACGUCCCACACAGACACCGCCGUGCGUGCGCUCCGACCGCCAGGCUCAUCCACACAGCUCCACCGGCCACCCAGUUCUUUUGGCAAGACUUUUUUUAUUCGUGAGUAAGCCGUGAGAUGACCCUGUCUGGAGGCAGCGAACGAGCCAGCGACAUGUCCGGCCAAACUGUUCUCAUAGCGGAGGACGUGGAUAUCGACGUGGUGGGCGAGGGAGACGAGGAGGGCAUGGAGAGGGUGGACAGCGACUGCGACAGCCCGGGCGUGGGUAUCCUGCACGACCUGCGCGCAGAGACCGGCGACGACGAGGGGGAAGACGAGAUCGAGGUGGAGAAGGAGGAGAUGAGGUCCGGCGGCGGGAGUCCUUGCUGUGAGAGUUCAGGGGAGGGAGAGACGGGCGCUGGAAAGGGAGAGGGUCACGACGGGAGCGCAGCGUCGGGAGGUGCCAUCCAGAAGCCCAAAAGCAGCCUGGUAAAGCCGCCCUACUCCUACAUCGCCCUCAUCACCAUGGCCAUCCUCCAGAGCCCGCAGAAAAAGCUGACCCUCAGCGGGAUAUGUGAGUUCAUCAGCAACCGGUUUCCAUAUUACAGAGAAAAGUUCCCGGCGUGGCAAAACUCCAUCCGCCACAACUUGUCCCUCAACGACUGCUUCGUGAAAAUCCCCAGAGAGCCUGGCAAUCCCGGGAAAGGCAACUACUGGACCCUUGAUCCCGCAUCAGAAGACAUGUUUGACAACGGCAGCUUCCUCAGGAGGAGGAAGAGGUUCAAGCGAGUUCAGCCAGAUGUGCUCAGGGACCAAACUGCGCUCAUGAUGCAAAGUUUCGGGGCGUACAGCCUCGGGGGCCCCUACGGGAGACACUAUGGGAUUCACCCGGCUGCGUAUUCUCAUCCUGCUGCUUUGCAGUACCCGUACAUCCCUCCUGUAGGUCCCAUGCUGCCCCCGGGCGUCCCUCUCCUGCCCUCGGCGGAACUGAACAGAAAGGCCUUCAACUCUCAGCUCAGCCCGAGUCUCCAACUUCAGCUCAACAGUCUGAGCACGGCGUCCAUGAUCAAAUCGGAGCCUUCAAACAGGCCGUCUUUCAGUAUAGAAAACAUUAUCGGGGUCUCCAGCGCGUCCUCGUCCUCACCGACGGCCGCUCAGGCUUUUCUGCGUCCUCCGGUGACGGUUCAGUCCGCCCUGCUGAGCGCCCAGUCCCUGUCUCUGACCCGGACCUCAGCCGCCAUCGCUCCCAUCCUCAGUGUACCCUCAAAUAUUAUUUCUGGACACGUUUUACCUUCAGCGACGGCGGCGGGAGUGUCCAAAUGGCCUUCACAGUGACUUAAAGUCAAGGGGGGGAAAAACUCUUAUUUUUAUAUAUAGACAUUAUUGUUGAGAAGUGUGAAGACCACAAAUCAAUAGGCAGCAAUGGACUGUAAAGCCAUGUAAAGACUGUUGAAAUGCAGAAAAAAAGACAAAAAGAAGAUGUUUCUGUACAGGUAACAUUUGUAAAUAUUUGUAAAAAUAGAAUGAUUUUACCUGUUUGAAUUUUACCCCUUUUCCCCUUUGUUCCUGUUUGAAAUCUGUGAUACUUAUUUUACAUUUUCUUUUUGUAUUGGGAGUUCAACUGGAUACACAUUUUGGCUUCCUUUUCAUACAAGACACGUAAAGCUCUGAAA